AUGCCUCACACCAGACGGUACACGUCCUCUGAGAGAGACAGCGGCAGCAGCUAUCAUGAUCGUUACAGAGAGAAAGAAAGGGAUCGAUGGCGCAGACACCGACACAGAAGAUCACCGACGUACUCUUCAAGCAGCGACAGAGACUGGGAUCGGGACCGGAGAGGACGAGUUCAGAGACAGGAUGCCAGUUAUGUACGCUCAAGGAGGUAUGUUUGUGUCUGGACCUUCUUUUGUAGUCGGACCUACGACAAUCGCUCAACAGAUCGCCGGCCGUUUGACCGAAGAUUCUGCGAGGGAUACAGAAGAUUGGAUCAGAGCAGAGAUAAAGAUCGCGACCAUGACCGAGAAAGGGAGCCGCACGGAGCCGCCGAAAGUUACUAUCCACGCGACGCCUCGCCAAACAUGUACGACUACCGACGGGGCCGCGAAAGGGAACGGGAGCGGGAUGAUUCGUACAGGCGAAAGGGCAGCAGGCGUAAGCACAAACGAAGGCGGCGUAGAACCAGGUCCUAUAGCCCAUCGUCCUCGCGGAGCAACAGCCGGACGCGGGCACUGAGUGUGAGGGACGACGAGGAAGGGCACCUGAUCUGUCGGAGUGGGGACGUCCUGCAAGAGAGAUAUGAAAUUGUCAGUACUUUGGGAGAAGGCACCUUUGGGAGGGUGAUGCAGUGUAUUGACCAUCGCAGGGGAGCAGCAAGUGUUGCUUUGAAAAUUAUCAAGAAUGUGGAGAAGUACAAAGAAGCAGCUCGCCUUGAGAUCAAUGUACUUGAGAAGAUCAACGAGAAGGAUCCUGACAACAAAUUCCUGUGCGUGCAGAUGUACGACUGGUUUGACUAUCACGGUCACAUGUGUAUCUCCUUUGAGCUGCUGGCUCUAAGCACCUUCGAUUUCCUCAAAGAAAACAACUACCUGCCCUACUCCAUUGGUCAAGUCCGACACAUGGCAUACCAACUCUGUCUUGCUGUAAAGUUUCUCCAUGACAAUAAGUUAACACACACGGACCUGAAGCCUGAAAACAUCCUAUUCGUCAACUCUGAUUUCACCAUGUCAUACAAUGUGGAGAAGAAACGAGAGGAAAGGACCGUGAAGAGCACAGCAGUUCGCGUGGUGGAUUUUGGCAGCGCCACUUUCGACCACGAGCAUCACAGCACGAUUGUGUCCACCAGGCAUUACCGUGCCCCUGAGGUCAUUUUAGAAAUGGGCUGGAGCCAUCCUUGUGAUGUGUGGAGCAUCGGCUGUAUCCUGUUUGAGUACUACCUGGGCUUCACCUUGUUUCAGACUCAUGACAACAGGGAGCAUUUGGCCAUGAUGGAGAGAAUCCUUGGACCUGUGCCAUCCAGAAUGAUCCGCAAGACAAGGAAACAGAAGUAUUUUUACCGAGGCCGUCUCGACUGGGAUGAGAGCUCCUCAGCCGGGAAAUACGUGCGGGAAAACUGCAAACCUCUGAGGAGAUACUUGCUCUCGGAAGCGGAGGAGCAUCAUCAGUUGUUCGAUCUGAUCGAAAGCAUGCUGGAGUACGAGCCGUCCAAGAGGCUGGUUCUCGCAGACUCCCUCAAGCACCCGUUCUUUAACUUUGGGGGAAGUGGCGAAGCCACGGGCAGUAAGAGCUGGGAAGCCAAUCGAGACAUUAGCCGGUGA